UCCCAUUUUAUGUUUUGUAUUCGCUCGUAAACAAAUACACGUGUAUUAAAAUUAUUUAGGCUAUUAUAAAGCAUAUAUAUUUGAUUCUCGUCACGGCCAAACCCUGCCCAACCUUGCCCUGGAAACAACUUGCCCGAAGAUGAAGUCUGAGAAAUCUUUUCAAAGAUAUAAAACAACAAAAAUGGAAUUUGGAGGAACUCCUGGUGUAACUGCCCUGAUUUUCAUGCUACCCAUAAUUGUUUACACCAUCAACCUUGCCUGUGGUAAAGAAAGCUGUUCGAUUACAAGGUUGCCAAAGUUUCCUAGCUUUUCAUAUUUCUUUGAUAUGGAAGCCACUUGCAUCUUUUUUGGAUGGUUGGCAUUUCAAGUGGUUCUUAGUUUGCUUCCUGUUGGUCAAGUUAUUCCUGGACAGUUGCUGAAUUCUGGAAAAAGACUGAUGUAUAGAUGUAAUGCUUUUCAUGCCUUGUUGAUCAGCUCUGCAGCCUUUGGUUUGGCAGUCUACUGUGAUGUUCCACUGACCAUCGUUUACGACAAGUUCUACCAAAUACUAACAGCAGCCUUGGUGUACUCUGUGUUCCUGAGUAUAGCAUUAUACUUCAAAUCAACAUUAACUGCAGACUACAAUUUGGCACCUGGUGGAAACACAGGGAGCAUCAUUUAUGACUUCUUCGUGGGACAUGAAUUAAAUCCUCGAAUUGGAAGCUUAGAUUUGAAGAUUUUCUUCGAGUUGCGUCCAGGCUUGAUCGGGUGGAUUAUGCUGAAUUUCGUUUUUGUUCUGAAGGCGUAUCAAGACACUGGUACACUACCUCCAGCACUCGCUAUGGUUACAGCCUUUCAGACAUUGUAUAUAGCUGACAUUCUCUAUUUCGAGAGUCAUUUUCUAACAACGAUGGAUAUUAUGCAUGAUGGCUUUGGAUACAUGUUAGCAUUUGGCGACCUGGUGUGGGUACCUUUCUUGUACUGCCUGCAGACUCGCUAUUUACUGGAGCACCCCAGAGACUUAACGUGGUAUGCAAUGUGUGGCAUUGCUCUGCUUAACUUUGUAGGAUAUUACAUCUUUAGAUCUUCAAAUUCUGAAAAGAAUGAGUUCAGAAAGAAUCCACAUGAUCCUAAGUUUGAUAAUUACGAGACGAUUCCAACAGCCUCUGGCAAGAAGCUACUUGUGUCUGGUUGGUGGGGAAUGGUUAGAAAACCCAACUACCUGGGUGACCUGUGCAUGGCUCUGGCCUGGUCUUUGCCUUGUGGUCUGAAUGCUAUACCUUACUUUUAUCCAGUCUACUUUCUGAUUUUUUUGGUGCACCGAGAGAGACGAGAUAGUAUUGAAUGCUACAAGAAAUAUGGAUCCAGUUGGGAUCGCUAUUGUCAGCGUGUCAAAUACAAGAUCUUUCCUUACAUAUACUGAGUAUUCUGGGAGUGCCAUCCAAUUGACAUAAAGUAACACAUCUGAGGCAAAAUUCCCAAGUGUUCUACUGUGUUUCACAACUGCUCAAAUUAUUUUUCUUUCACAUAUUUAAUAGAAAACUCUGUGAUAUCAUACAUGUGGGAGAUUGAUUUAAUGACAGCUGAUUGGCUACUCCACAGUGAUGAUCUAAAUGCCAAAGCCACACCAUCCAAACAAAUUAACACUACUAAAUCUAAUUACUUUGUAAUAUAUAGGUUAUCUGUGCAAGCACAAAUUUAAUAUGUUGUAAGUGUACUGUAGUUAGAAAGAUAUCAAAAUGUUAUUUAAACCUUGUUUUUGAGAAUAUAUAACAAAUACUGUACUACAUUUGACUGUUAAUCCUUUAUCUUACAUCUUGUUUGAAAACUUGCUUUGACAUGUUAGAUACUUUUUGAAACAACUCAGAAGAUUAAUUAUUUAUUAAUAGCCACUUAUAUUAUAUUCUCUCCAACUUUGAAAUUACCACACGUUUUCUAACGACCCAAUGAUAAAAUAUUUUGCACUCAUUGUCAAAAUAUAUAUUGUAAAUCAAGAAAUGUUAGCGAGCAUAAAGUUUUAGCAAAUUUAGUGAGGGAUUACAAGACGCUAAAUAUUUUUUUUUACAACAGACUGUUCCAAAAAUCAUUUAAAGAAAAAAGAUAGAAACAUCAUUAGUUAGUUAGCCUGCACAUUACUGCAAUUUUUUACAAAAUGUAAGUUGUCUGUAAGCUGCAUAACGUCAAAAUUGAUCACUAGUAUUAUUUCAGCUGAUCCAAUAACUUAGGAUCUUUUGCUUUAGUUUGUGAUGUGAUGACCUCGCAAAAGUUUUAUGUCGCUAAUAUGUCACUUGUAUGGAAUUUGCACAAUUUUAAGACUGCUAAUAUUUUAUGAUUUACAUUACCUCUAAAACAGCUUGAUCUUCACUUUUUUCUCCUGAUUAUCGUGCAAACAUCCAGUUACAGUUCAAGCAUCCUGUCCUUGAGAGACAACUAAGCUAAAUUGGUUACUGGUUAGUUGUUGGUCACUAGUCAGUGAGACCCAUUAAAUCUGUGUUGAAGUGAUAUUAACUAAAAUAGGGUUACAGGUGGGCAGAUACCACCCAACACCCCUGGAAAAUAUGAAAAAUUGCUCAAGUGUUUAGUUUGUUGUAAAGUGACCUUUUUGUCUAGCUCCAGAAAACAAAAACAUUCUGUCAGUAGUAUAAAAAUCAGUUUUGAAAAAAAAAAAUUCUUAAAUGAAAUCCAACAAACAUGUCAUUUUAUAGUUCAAUAUUUUACUAAUUACUGUAAUAUUAUAAACAUGAAGUUUUUCAUGAUCUUCAAGAAAAUCUUUCCUUUGUCUUAUGGAAAUUUCUUUUAGUUUACCUCCCCCCUCCCCCCCUCCAAAUAUCUACACAUUUAUUAUCAGAGACAUAACCAUUUUUAAAAAUAUAAUAUUUAAUCAAAGUGGUUUUUUUGUCUUUAAAAUAAUUGUAAUAAGACAGAUUCCUGAUUUACUAUAUUUAUAUAUAUUACCAUCUGUUACAA